UCAAAAUUUAAAUAAUGCAAAAAAAUUCUUGCUCCAUACUGGAUGUAUUAUAAAAAUCAAUCAUGUUAUCGAUAAUAUAUUCAAUCACCUUAAACAUUGUUUUUGUAAAUUUUCCCCUUGUUGAUCGACAUUAUUGCAUUGUUGAUUAUCAUUAUGAAAAUGACAUCGAUGACGUAUUUUAACAUUUUUAACACAAUAUAGCUGCAUCUAAUUUAUUAAAAACUAUCACUUUCAAACGUUUCUCCGUUUUUCUUCUUAUCUCUUCUUUAACGGUCUUAAAAACUUGUUUUUUAAUUCGAUCACAUAAAAUAAAUAAUAUAAUUUCGAUAAUAAUAUGAUUAUUAUCGUUAUUUAUUUUGUUUAAAUUUGUUCGAUUGUUCGUUGUAAUUAAAAUUAUUUUCGUUCAUAAUUUUCAUUAAAAAUUUUAUUGCAGGCAACAGAAAAAAAAGAAAGAGAAACGAAAUUGUAAAUUUUUUGUUUUGAAUUGAAAACACACUUUUAAUGUACUUCACUUCCAAUAUAACGAUUGAAAAGCAAAUUGGAAACAAAAAUAUUCUUUGAAUUUAUCGUAUUCAACGUUAGAAACUGACUAAACGCAACUAUACAACGUUCACGACGCGACUGGGCCAAUCAUGUCGGAAGCCGGUAUGACAGAGGCAUCUGACAACCGACAAAUCAAACACGAAAAUGAGUGCAUGUGCGCGCAGCAAGAAGAAAGAGAUUUGCGCGCGCGUAUUCACUUCCCGCUUCUUGACCUGUCAGCCAUUAGACUCUCUCGGUGUAGCCUCCUCCCAAUUGCGUCUUUCCCGCCAUAUAGACUUCAUAAGUAUACAUCAGAAGCCUUUGUUGAUUGGCCGGUAAACAGGUAUCAAAAACUCUCGGAAGUCAUCGAGAGCAACCAAGACACGACGAUUAGCGAGAAUGACUACAUCACUUAUCGAUUACAUAACAAGACAAAGAUAUUAUCACGAAAUAACAUUAUUAAUUAAAUUUAUAAAAUAUAUUUUCU